UUCAGCUCUACUUCACGGAUGAACUGUAACCACGCUCACUGAGGACAGGGACAGAGACAGCGCAGUACAUGCAAAUACUGCGUAGUAGAGGAAGUAGUAGUACUACUGCAGUACUACAGUACAUAGAUCCCGGUACAAUUACGGCUAAUUUCCAACAGCCGCGCUAAAGUUCCCCGGUUAAAUAUGUGUGAAAUGCUGCUGCUGUAUUUAUGUUUUACUGUGUAUGGUACACACGCGUGCAAUAUGGUUGCGUUGUGAAAUUUAUAUUUUUACAAUUAUGUGCGGAACAAAGGUUUGAAACCGUACUCCCCGAGGGAAGUAUUUUACCCCUGUACAGUUUCCUGUUAAUCUUAAAUUCGUGAUUUAACCAAUGGGAAUUGAGAGUUUUAACAAAAGGCGGGACAUGUAGGAGGAACUGUGACGAUCGGCCAAUCAGCGUCCGUCUUCAACCGUGACUUCAGCUGCAUAGUUUGGUUGAAGUGAACCCAUGUGGGUCCAAUGUUGACUUGCUCUCUUAGAAAGUUGAGGACUUAACUCUAUAUACAGUCAGCGGUUACUUUGAAACGCGUUUCAAAAUGUCUUCGCCUUUCUUUAAUAAGAAGAAAGAAAACCCAAAAUUAGCCAAAAAGGGGAAAAAUACAGCGGUGCUCAAACGAAAGGGCGAUGGGGACUCGGGCGGUAAAAGUAAGCUGCGAGCCAAGAAACCCAACUUCAGAGACAACGAAGAGAUUUCCAGCGACUCUGAGACAGAGGGUCCUGUAGUGCCCAGGAAAAGACAGUCCAAUGAAGAUUAUGAUUACGACGAAACACCACAGGAGAAGAAGCUUAGAUUGGCCAAACUCUACCUCGAACAGCUAAAGGAAGAAGAGGAAGAUAAAGCAGAAGAGGAAUUCUUUGAGACGGAUCUGAUUGCUGGAAGACUUCAAGAAGAAGUGCUUGAACAAAAAGGAAAGCUUCAGCGAUUCAUUGCCAAAGAUCUCAUUCCACCGGAUGCUUCAGAGAUCAGGGUGUUAAGAGGACACAAACUUCCAAUUACCUGUCUGGUCAUUAGUUCUGAUGACAAGUACAUCUAUUCUGCUGCCAAAGACUGCUCCAUCAUUAAAUGGGAUUUUGAGAGUGGGAAGAAACUGCACACAAUACCUGGUGGAAGGAAAGGUACAGAGGAUCGGCAUGUUGGACACACAGCCCAUAUCCUGUGUAUGGCCAUUUCAUCAGAUGGAAAAUACUUGGCCACUGGAGACAUGAACAAACUGAUCAUGAUCUGGGAGGCAGAAACAUGUAAACAUCUCUAUAAAUUCACAGGACACAAGGGCCCUGUGUCGGGUCUUUCAUUCAGGAGGGGAACUCAUGAUCUGUACAGCGCCUCUCACGAUCGCUCAGUCAAGGUGUGGAAUGUGGACGAGAACGCAUAUGUUGAAACUCUCUUUGGGCAUCAGGACGCCAUCACAGGACUGGACAGCCUGAGCCGAGAGCUCUGUGUGACGGCAGGAGGGAGGGACCGCUCGGUGAGGGUGUGGAAGAUAGCCGAGGAAUCUCAGCUGGUGUUCCACGGACACGAGGGUUCGAUUGAUUGCAUCCAGCUCAUAAACGAGGAGCACAUGAUAACGGGAGGUGAUGACGGCUCGGUGUCUCUGUGGAGUGUCAACAAGAAGAGGCCUCUCAGCACGGUGAAAAAGGCUCACGGUUGCCACGGUGACGCAGGGCUGGAGCAGCCUCAUUGGGUCGCGUCGGUGGCGGCGCUUCAGAACUCGGAUACCGUCGCCUCAGGUGCUUCUGAAGGCUGUUCACACAACUCACAGGUGCAGCUGUGGAAAUGUGGCCAGAAUUACCGCAAGCUGGAGCCUCUAUUCAGUGUACCGGUGUCCGGUUUUGUCAACAGUCUGAAGUUUUCGAGCUCUGGUCAGUUCUUGGUGGCAGGAGUUGGACAGGAGCACAGGUUGGGACGAUGGUGGAGACUAAAAGAGGCCAGGAAUGGGAUCUAUAUUAUUCCUCUUAAAAGGAAACUUCCAAAUCCAGAGGAAGCCACGAUAACUGAAUAGUGGACUGAAGAAAUUGAAAUUCCAAAAACCUCAAGAUUUUAGUUUGUGAGAAAGCUUUGACGGCUUUAGUGAAGGAGUCUGCACGGUGAACUGUGUCUGACACGGGCCACACAAGAGAAGAGACUAUUGUCUGAUCAAGACUUAUACCGUAUGAUCAAGACUUGUGUUUCUACUAUUUCAUUUUAUUUUUUAAGAAUUCUGCUGAAAGUUUCUGUCAAAUUGUCUGCUGGGAAAAGUUAACCUCACUUAAAUAAAAUAAAAAAGCAAGAUUCAUGGGUUAAGUUUUUGGUAACUGCUUCUGUGUAGGAUAUUGUCAGCCUGUCGGAGCCAAACAUUAAAUUAUAAUUAACUAGAGGAGAUAAUUUUAUCUCUGUUGGUAAAGGACCUGCAGAGUUAUUUAACUCUUGCAAAAUGUCUUUGACUAACAUCUGCAUUCAAAGGACUGGCCAGCAGUCAGUUUUAUAGUUGGAUUGA